UACAACAGGUUGUCGUCACCAAAUUAAAACCUAAUCAACACCAUAAUAUUAACCUUAUACAGCUCUCAAGGCACUUGAUAGACACAUCAUGUUAAGAUCAAAAUUAUCAUCAUUACGAGAAUAUUUAACCCCAAUCAACCACAAAUCCAACUUCUCAACCACGGGGGAGAUUAGCCCCGAAGAAUUCGUUGAAGCUGGAGAUUAUCUUGUUUUCAAAUUUCCUACUUGGCGAUGGUCAAGCUGUCCCAAGAACCUUCAAAAGAGCUUUUUGCCUGAAGAGAAACAAUUUUUGAUUACAAAGCAUGUCCCCAGUUAUCAGCGGGCAUCUACUUAUUUAAACGGAGGUUCCGAUUCCAUUGAUCCUGAUUUGCUUGAGGAAGAAGAGGAAAUAGAAGGAGAGGAAGGAGAAGAUGGUUGGGUCAAAUCCAGAAAGGUGGCGACUUCAAAUAAAACAGCCGAAGCUAAGCAGGAGGACAAAGAAAGCGAAGAUGAAUUGGAAGAAGCAGUUGAGGUGAAUGAUAUUGACGAACUUAUAGAUGUCACCGCUGAAGGUGGCGAAGAAGAAGAAGAAGAGGAUGAUUUUGAUGAUUUGGAUAUCAUCAAUGAUUCCAAUAACAAGUUAAGAAAGUAUGAUAUGUACAUUACUUAUUCUACUUCAUAUCGUGUUCCUAAGAUGUAUUUGGUGGGGUUUGAUUCCAAUGGUAUACCGCUCCUUCCAAAGCAAAUGUUUGAAGAUAUAAACUCGGAUUAUGUGGACAAAACAGCUACAAUUGAGAAUUUACCAGUGGCUCAUAACACCACAUCAGUUUCGAUCCAUCCUUGCAGACAUGCUUCGGUGAUGAAGGUAUUGAUGAAACAUUCAAAAUUAAAAAAGGCAAGUGAUACAUUGAAUGAGAGAUUAAGGACGUUAACAGUCGAUGAUCAGAGUGAGCAGGUUGAAGAUGCGGAGGAACCAACUGAGCCAGGAGAUGAAGAAGGUAUUAGAGUUGACCAAUAUUUGAUUAUCUUUUUGAAAUUCAUUGCUAGUGUUACCCCUGGAAUUGUGUAUGAUUAUACUAUGGAUGCUUUAUAAACGAUUUUAUAUAGCGAAAUCAAAACGUGCUAUGUUUUAGGUAGUGUGUUAUUGAAAGUUCAUAUUUCUUGUGAUUAAACAGAUAACUGCUACCGGUAUAGAUGCACAUAAACGCCUAUGCUUGAACUUUACUUAGUAUUUAUAUAAUUCAAUUAACAGUUCUUACAUAAGUUUCAGUUUGUGGUUAUUUUUU